UACAUUAAGAAGCCUGACUUUCGGUCAAGCUGUUCUGGCAAGAAUACCGCACGGAUGCAAAACUGCGCUAACUCGCGAUUCUACUUCAAUGAUUUUCUUUCCGGUACAGAUUGCUACAAACGACCAAGGUCCGUCCACUCUCCGGGACGUCCAGUCGCCACCCUUGCAAGACUGCAGAAAACUAGAGUGAGAUAUCAACUGGCUGACGAAUCCACCUAAGGCCAGCCCUGAGAGAGUUUUAGACGGAGUGCGUCCUGGAAUCACCUCAGUUUCUGAUAACAACCUAUUGAAAGGGCUGUCCAGCUUUUUCUUUCUAACGUGACAUCAUCCUUGGGUUUGACUUGGUCACAGACAAACAGUAAGAAGAAAAAUUAUAAAGGACAAGAAGUAUGGCAGACGAUAGGAAAGAUGAAGCUAAGGCACCGCACUGGACCUCAGGUCAGAUAGCAGAAGCUUCUUCACAUCCACAUGCCGCAGAGAUGAAGGAGCAAAGUGGCACAGGGGAAGGACUGGUCAGAAGUUCUAAUGGGUUUCCAUACAAAGAGGAUGAAGCUGGAGAAUAUGGUGCACAUGGACCACAGAGCUCAUAUUCCAGAACCAAAGAGAAUGGAAUCAAUGGAGAACUAACUACAGGAGAGAAAGACACUGCAGAAGAAGUAUCUGCAAGAAUAGUCCAAGUAGUAACUGCUGAAGCUGUGGCAGUUCUGAAAAGUGAACAGGAAAAAGAAGCCCAGUUCAAAGAUCAGCCAGCGCAAUUACCUUUAGCAGUUGAAGAAACAGCUAACCUGCCUCCUUCUCCACCCCCAUCACCUGCAUCAGAGCAGACUGGAACCCUGGAAGAAGCCUCGAAGAUGGAAAUCCAUGGACAGGAAGGUACGAGCCUUUUCGCAACUACACCCUUGAGCACCAAGGAAGAAGAGAAAGGAAGUAAACCCAGUGAGCACCCUGUCCAAGAUGCCUUAGUUCCACAGCCAGCAAAAACAGAGACUAUAGAAAUGAGAGAACCACAGCUCACAGGAGAAGAGAUGGCAUUCCCAUCUCGGUUGGGAGAAACUUUGGAUGCCACUCUGCAAAAGAAAGAAGAGAAGGCUUCCACACCUCAAGAGCAAAGAGUAUUGUCAACAGAGUUGCAUAAGAAAAGUACCCUAGAUGAAAAGGCCACAGAGACCCAGAAACCUGCAACAGAAGCAUCACCCUUGGAAUCUAAAGAUGAUCAGAUGACUAUUACAAGAAAUGACUUUACCUCUCCUGCGAGCAUUGGUUCUUCUUUGCCCUCAGAAUCUAUAGUGGACAUAGGCACAGUAACAAGUGCCUUUUUUCCUGAAACAUUACCAGAUGUUCGACAUACGUCUGAAACAGAAGAGAGUAGCAAAACAACACAAAAGUCUGAUAUUACAAAGAUUACCAAAGACCUUUCAAAAGAUCAAACAAUGAACAAAGAGCACAUAGAAAUAAAGGAAGAAGAUUUUGCAGUGGUGGCUACAAGUGCCUCACAAGCCAUUGUAGAACAAACUCCAAGUCAGGUUCCCCUUUGGGAAGAAGAGAAAGAUAUGACCGAGGAUGAAAGUGAUGAAGAGAGGUACUCCAUGUCCAGUAGACAGAGGCUCAAAGAAUUGGAUGAUCAACCUUUUGCUGUGUGUGACCAAAAAUCAACUGUUCUGGGUAAAGACGUUAUGGGAAAAGACAUUGAUCCUAAAGAAGCAUAUGAUACACACAAAGCAGAAGAUUUAGGGAUUACUGGGGAAUCAACAACAUGGAAUAUUAAAAAAGAUGAGAAAAUACAUGGUGCUGAGGUCAUGGCAGACCAAUUCAGUAAAGAUUUUUUUCCUGAAAAAUAUGAAGAGCGUUUGGAUACUAUUGCAUUACAUGAAACAAUAGAGAAAGCCCCAUCUGAAGCACAUAAAGAACCCCAGGAAGACAAACAUUCUGAAAAAGAAGGGAAAGGUAAAGUGUUUCCUGUUACAGAUUCAGAUCCCCACCAAAUGAGGAUAGAAGAAGAUAAAUCAGGUAUGUCUACAUAUUUUGAAACUUCCACUCUUAAAGAUGAAGUUAUCAAGAGUGAUAAAGUACAGCAAGGCAACGAUUAUUAUGAACUGAGUGAUUCAAAAGACCAGAUUUAUGAUAUUUACCAUAAAAAUUCCCUUGUAUCUAAAAAGGAGACUGAUGACUAUCAGCCAGAAGCACACCAACAACCCAGUCCACCUGCUCAUCAAAUUGGAUACAGUACCCUUGCACAGAGUUUCCCAGAAGAUGAUGCUAAGGAGCCUAGCUCUCCUCCAGAAAGAAUGUAUACUAUUGACCCAAAUGUGUAUGGAGAUAAGAGAGAACUCCACAGUAAAAAUAAAGAUGAUUUAACUCUCAGCAGGAGCUUAGGGCUUGGUGGAAGAUCUGCUAUAGAACAGAGGAGUAUGUCAAUUAAUCUCCCAAUGUCCUGCUUAGAUUCUAUAGCACUGGGAUUUAACUUUGGACGUGCUCAUGAUCUUUCACCUUUAGGUUCAGAUAUUUUAGAUACGGCUAGUGGAGAUGAAGGUGAUGAUUACUUGCCCGCCACCACCCCAGGAAUAGAAAAAGCUCCCCCCUUCCCAACAGAAAGUAGGGAAGAAGAAGAAGAAGAAGCAGAAGAAGAAGAAGAAGAAGCAGCAGAAGAAGAAGAAGAAGAAGAAGAAGAGAGGAGAGAAGAGUCCAAAUUUAAAGAGUCAGGAGAGAUUCAGGUGGAGCCUUUAUAUGAAUCGCCUUUCCUAGCUAAAGAUUAUUACAAAAAUGGAACAGUAAUGGCUCCUGACUUACCUGAAAUGUUAGAUUUAGCUGGUACAAGGUCAAGGGUAGCUUCUGUGAGUGCAGAUACAGAGGUAGCACAACAUAAAUCUGUUCCUUCAGAGGUGGUUGUUGAGGACAGCUCUGCAGUUCAGCAGCUUAUGACUGAUGAAAAUCACAUGACUCUAAAAGCUGACAGUCAGAUAGAAGAUUUAGGCUACUGUGUUUUCAACAAAUACACAGUACCAUUACCAUCUCCAGUUCAAGACAGUGAGAAUUUGGCAGGAGAAAGCUGCUCUUAUGAGGAGAAAAUGAGGAGAGGUGUAGUUACAGAUCUCUCAUUGAUAGAAGUGAAGUUGGCAGCAGCUGAGAGAUCCUGUGAAGAAAAAGAGGUCUCUGAGGACUCCACAGUUUGGGGCCAGGACUUUGAACAAGAGAGAAAAGCUAUUGAUAAAUUAGAUACUGUGUUAGAAAAAAGUGAGGAACAAGCUGAUGCUAAAGAAGUAUCUUUUCCUGAAGAUACUGAACAUGAAAUACAGCUUGGUUCAGAGCUAGUAGAUGUUAAUGAUAAAACUCUAGUUGAGCCAGAAAAAAAUUCUUCAUUAAUUAAGAAAGAGGAAAAUGCUAUUCAUGUUGCUGCAAAUAUAGAUAAAGCAGAAUUGUCUUGCAAACCAGACUAUGAUGCUAUAAAACAUGAUAUGGAUUCUGCUGCUCGGCAAGUAGAACAGGAAUAUCAGAGUAAAUUAGGAGGUCAUAUCACUGAAUUAGUUUCAGAGCUGAAUAAAGAAGAUCCAGAGAAGAUCCUCUUUACAUUACAUCAAGAACCUGAUCUAUGUGCAAAAUUGGAAUCUAAUCAUACGAAAGAUAUAGCUAAACUGUCUGAAAUUGAAAUUAAGGAAAAAGGCCCUAAGCCUGAUCUGGUGCACCAAGAAGCAGUAGAUAAAGAAGAAUCAUAUGAAUCGAGUGGAGAUAAUGGUCAAGUGCAAGAGGGAUUGUCUGGAGAAAUUUCAAAGCCACAUGAGGACAAAAUACAACGAGAAAGCCCAUCUUUGCCAGAGGAAGAUCAUGCAGCACAUCUUCCAGCAGGACAAUCUGCUACAGAAAAAAGUAUAUCGAAAGUUAUUCAAGAAGAAACAACAGAAACUCAAAUGGAGAACAUAAUAGAGCAUAAAGUAGAUCAGGUAGAUAAUGUGGCGAUCACUGGCACUGAGAAUGUUGAGAAGUUACCCCAUGGUUUAAAAUAUGAGAAAGAAAAAGAAAAAGUGGAAGAAGAACAAAAGGAAGAGAUUAAGCAAAUAGAAGAACAAGAGGAAGAAGAAAAGCAAACAAAAGAGGAAAUCAAGCACAAGGAAGAACAUGAAAAAGAAAUUAAAAAUGUAGAGCAACAGGAAGACAUUAAGCCUGUGAUACAAGAUGAAGAGGAGAUUAAGAAAGAUGAAUAUGAAGAAAAGACUAAACAAAAAGAAGAAGAAGAGAUCAAGCAAGCAGAAGGACAAGAGGAGGAAAAAGAUCAAGAAAAGGAAACCAGUAAGCAAACGAGUAAAGAAGAGGACUUGGAGAGACCCAGUGAAGAAGUAUGUAAAGCUAUCCCUGUGGAGAUACCUGAGCUCAAAGGAGUAAUAGAAUCUGUUGUUACAGUUGAGGAUGAUUUCAUUACAAUAAUACAGACAACCAUUGAUGAAGGAGAAGCCAAUUCCCACAGUGUUCGCUUUGCUGAAACUGCACAGGCUGAAACAGGCGGAGAAGGUUUCUGUACAGAAAAGCUGGCUAUGGAGGCAGAGGUUAUUGCUCAUGUUGAAGCAGACUCAGAAGAAAAGUCUUUGGAACCUCCUGGAUCAGCUGAACAGGAAGAAAUCCCAGUAACUGAUUACAAGACAGAAGUAUAUGACGAUUAUAAAGAUGAAACAACAAUCGAUGACUCCGUCCUGGAUACCGACAGCAUAUGGGUGGAUACACAAGAUGAUGAUAGGAGCAUCAUGACAGAACAGUUAGACACUGUUCCUAAAGAGGAGAAAUCAGAGAGAGAAUUGCGGAGACCAUCUCUUGAUAAACAUAAAAAAGAAAAGCCUUUAAAAACUGGGAGAGGCAGGAUUUCUACUCCUGAAAGAAAAAUAGCUAAAAAGGAACCUAGCACAGUCUCCAGAGAUGAAGUGAGAAGGAAAAAAGCUGUGUAUAAGAAAGCUGAACUUUCUAAAAAAGCUGAAGUUCAGGCUCACUCUCCCUCCAGGAAAAUCAUUUUAAAACCUGCUAUCAAACAUACUAGACCAACUCAUCACUCCUGUGUUAAGCGGAAGCAGACAGCUGCUGGUGGUGAAAUAAAUCAGACGCCUGGGGUGUUUAAGCAAGCAAAGGAAAAACUUUCGACUUCUUCUUUGUCAAAGAUUCCUGCCUCAAAGGUUAGAGCAAAGUCAUUGCUUCCUCCAAGACCCAACUCUGCUUGUUCACUAAUCACCACUAAAAAAGUUGUUUUGCGCAGUAAAGACAAUUAUAUUGCGUGGCCCUCUUCAGCGGGCCCAAGAGACUAUUCAAAAACAGCUCAGGAUGGAAUAACCAAGAGUCCUGAAAAGCGCUCCUCUUUACCAAGACCUUCUUCCAUUUUACCCGCCCGAAGAGGUAUCUCAGCAGACAGAGAACGAGAUGAAAAUUCUUUCUCCCUGAACAGCACCAUCUCAUCUGUACGACGAACUACAAGAUCAGAGCCUAUUCGAAGCCGAACAGGAAAAAGCGGUACAUCAACUCCAACUACUCCAGGAUCAACUGCCAUCACUCCUGGAACCCCGCCUAGUUAUUCCUCUCGAACCCCAGGAACACCUGGUACCCCUAGUUAUUCCAGAACCCCACAUACACCGGGUACUCCCACAUCUGCAAUUCUGGUACCCACUGAGAAAAAGGUUGCUAUCAUACGCACACCUCCGAAAUCUCCAGCAACCCCUAAGCAACUUCGUCUGAUUAAUCAACCUCUACCAGAUCUCAAGAAUGUCAGGUCCAAAGUUGGGUCAACAGACAACAUCAAGUAUCAGCCUAAAGGGGGGCAGGUUAGGAUUUUAAGCAAGAAGAUUGAUUUUAGCGAUGUACACUCCAGAUGUGGUUCAAGAGAUAACAUCAAACAUUCAGCAGGGGGAGGAAAUGUGCAAAUUGUAACCAAGAAGAUAGACUUGAGUCAUGUGACUUCUAAAUGUGGUUCCCUGAAGAAUAUCCGUCAUAGGCCAGGAGGGGGUCGAGUGAAAAUCGAAAGUGUGAGACUGGAUUUUAAAGAAAAGGCCCAAGCCAAGGUUGGCUCACUUGACAAUGCUCACCACGUGCCUGGAGGAGGUAAUAUUAAGAUUGACAGCCAGAAACUCAAUUUCCGAGAGCAUGCAAAGGCCCGUGUGGACCAUGGCGCUGAAAUCAUCACCCAAUCUCCUGGCCGAUCAAGUGUGGCUUCCCCUCGGAGGCUCAGCAACGUCUCCUCCUCCGGCAGUAUUAACCUGCUUGAAUCUCCUCAACUUGCCACCCUGGCUGAAGAUGUCACUGCAGCCCUCGCUAAACAGGGCUUAUGAAUUUGCUUUGUUAGCAGUGUUUGAAGUUACAAUAUUUAGGCAUGAUUUCUUGCCAGGAAUGGGCUCUGAGCAGGUGUUAACAUUCAUUCUUUACUAUGUCUAAAAUUAAGUCACAUCCCAAGACUGUAGUAAUCAUAAAAUAAAAACUGGGGGAAAGAUCCAUAUAGAUGCAGAAACUGGCCUGAUUUCCAAUUACAGCAGGAAGAUCUUGGCUUUUCUAUGGGUACAAUUGCAGUAUAUUACAUUGGACAAUUAUUGUUGCUCUGCUCUGUCUUGCAUGGAGUAUGUACUAUGAUAACAAUGCAUUUUGACCUUCCAUGUGCCUGAAGGCCAUCCACUACUUUUUGAAGAGCCUUGUUCAAUCCCUUGAGUUGCUCAUUUGACCAUUUUGUUGAUGGAUGGAAUUAAGAAGCAUCUCCACUUGUAAUUUAUCAACAGGUUAAUUUAAACAGAAGAGUUUGAGGACCAUGCAGAAGGGCAAAUAUAGUGAUGUCAACACUUCAGAAAGGGUGGGGUUAUUUUAUAUACAUGGGUAGAAGAAAGAGGCAAUUAAGUUAUUAACGUUGUGGAAGUUGGAUGAUUAUGUCAGUGUAUAGCUGAUUACAAUAAAUUAUUUAACUAAUAAUUAAGUAAGUAGUGGGGGAAAAUCAUAUGAGCUGUACCGGGGAAGCAACUUUUUUUUUCUUUUUUAAAACAGUUACUGAAAUUAAGCUAUGGAGUUAUGUCAGAUUAGAAUAUUAGUUAAGCAUCUAGGUUUGUGUCUUCACUACUGGUUUCAUGUCCUCUCCCAUCUGUUCGAUACAGUAUUAUUAAUA